UCAAUAUCAUCAUCACUUUCUGAUUCAAUCCCUCUUUCAUCUCCUCCUAAAUCGUUUUCUUGUGAUGGUCGAUUCGAUUUUGUAAACGAAUAAGGAAAAAAAAUAAAAAAAUACAGAAGAUGACAAGUUCACAAGUAGAAACUGGUUUCUUCGUUGAGUUGAACAAUGGACUUGGAAUCAUCACUAGACACGAUUUAGCUUUUCUUCUUCUUCUUCUUCAAUCUCGUAUAGAAUAGCAAGCAUCUCAAACUUCUCGGAUAGACAUUGUCUUUUUUUUGUUAGCUCACAACCAAAUACUUGAACAUGAAUCUUCAGAUAGAGCUUCCUGAUGAUGGUUCAAGACAAGCUUCUUCUUCACCUUACUCUGCAAAAUCCAAAACUGUUCCUGAAUGUGGUCUUGGUGGGGAUAUGUAUGAUCCUUUUGUAGACAGCUUUGAACCAGCUUCUGUGGAAUUAGAUUGUGUUCAAGAGGAUGAACCGGUUAACGAUUUGUGUGCUGAACCGAGGGCGAGCGUUUCUUCGAACAGACCACUCAGUAUGGAAGAAAACAACCAAGGUGUUGAUAAACAAGCUCUAAGUGAGUCUGACAUGACAGCUCGGGUCAGUGUUUCUUCCAACAAACCACCUGAUGUUGAAGAAAACAACACCGCAGGAAAUGAUAUUGGAGUUGUUGUUUCUGGAGAGAACGAUGAGUUUGGUGAGAAUGCAGAGAUUGGGAGAGAAUGCAACAGCCAUGAGACUGGAACACCGAACUCUCAUAACGAGGACAUGGAGGUAGAAAACAAUGUACAUGAAGGCGAUGACAUGAGGAAAAAGUCUACAGAGAAAUCAAAGGAGAGAGAUUCGUCAAGGUCCAUGAAGCUUUUCAAAGUCGUGCUUACAAAAUUCGUCAAGGAUCUUCUGAAACCAUCGUGGAGACAAGGGAAUAUGAGCAAAGAGGCGUUUAAGACUAUUGUAAAGAGAGUUGUGGAUAAAGUGUCGAAUUCAAUGGAGGGUCGUCGUAUACCCAAAUCAAGAGCUAAGAUCGAUAAGUACAUUGACACUUCACAGCAGAAGCUGACCAAACUAGUUAUGGGUUAUGUAGACAAAUAUGUCAAAGCAUAGAAGAUAAGAGAAUUAAAGGGGAUUUCCCAUAACACAGCUUUCUGCAACUGGGGAAGAUUAGACCUUUGUCUUGUCUACAAACGAGUUUAGUCAGAAUUGUUCUUCUUCCGGGUGUGAAAUUUACGAUGAGGAAUUUACCUCUACCUUCAUAACAUGUAAAUGAAGAAUCCAUCAUUUUAAACAGAGUAGUUGAAUCGCUUGUAGCCGCAUCACAUGUUACUGCAUUCAGAAAACCUUUAUUGAUAAAUUCAUUUACAAGUACAA